CUGUCCAUGGAGGCCUACUCGUAUCGUCCGUGAAUUGCACAUAAGCGGUCUGUUGAAGCGAGGGGUUGACAAGAAAACAAAGUUUGUGACUAGACGUUGUCAACACCAAGCUUGAAGCCUCCGACGAUUCUCCGCUUGGCAAGACGUUCUUGUCGAGACAGCAUCGAUAGGUCAAACCAACCAUCUUUACUCACACGACCUGAUGGAGAAUAUCGCGGACACGGACGCGGGUACAGCGCCUCCUCUCAAAAGGAAACGUGUAGUUACGGCGUGUUUAGAAUGUUAUAGACGAAAGCAGAAGUGUGACAGAAACAAGCCAUGCCAGAACUGCGUAGGCCGAAACGUCGCUGCUAAAUGUAUCUACGAGCAGCCACCAUCACAACCCGCAGUACCUGAAUCCAAGUCGCACUCGCCUAUUUCGGCCGAAGACCAAGCUGAGAAUGAUUCUUCGCUUCCAGAAGCAACAACAGAUGGCACUGCACUUUCUUCGUUCUACGACGUUCAUGCUUUUACAGACUUGAAGAAGUUGCUUGAAGAUGAAGAAGUCUUCCAGAUUUCUGACUCUACUCAAGCCGCUCUCGAGCAGAACAAACCAUGCUCCAAAUUCUGGAUUCUGGCAGCCCAGCUUCCCGACCCUCGGAUUUUGGUAAAGGCAGUCAACUACUACUUUGACGAAGUACAUUGGCGUUACAAUGUCGGUCAGAGAUGCUACAUGGACAAGCAGCUCGAGCAGUGGACCGAGGUGGUCAGUACAUCUAUUUCUCAACGGACUAGCAUCAAUAAGGAUCUGCCAUAUUUUGUGGCAUUUUCUUUCCAGCUGCUUGCGGUCUGCCUUCAGUACAUGCGGUCUGAUCGGGAGAUUGCUCGCUUGCUUCAUGCAACGAAUGAGAGAGCCGCCAUCCAUAUGUCUCGAAGAUAUCAUGACGUCGCUUCUGAGCUGAUGCUGCUGCUUGGCCGAUACAACGGCACUAUCACAGUUGUGGAUUAUGACUUGCUCAGAGCUAGUUGGCUGAAGAACAAUGGUCGUGGGGUUGAAAGUUGGUAUGCAAUCAGUGAUGGUGUUAGACAAGCACAGCAACUGAACCUUCACCGGGAGCCACGACCAAAUGCAAAGAACAAUAGUGUAUCAGAGACACUUGAGCAAUUCUGGUCUCAGGAGUACGGCAGACGACUUUGGGUAAACAUAUUCUGCUGGGAUUCAGGCACAGCGUUGAACUUGGGACGACCCAGGAUAAUCAACGCGAAAGAUUGUGACAUCAACCUCCCAAUUGAUUGUCCGUUUCCAGAAGAUCCGUCUCAGGCUGUGCCAAUGCCGAAGGACGAACACGCACCCUCGCCUCUUUCUCUACUUCUUUUCCGCUACGCUGUUGCAGGGAAGAUUCACGAAAUCCGCGAGUAUGGACUCGACAAACAGAAUGCCGACUACGGCUCUGUGUGGGCUUUCCACAAUCAGCUCGAUAACCUGUUGAACAGCCUACCUGCUUAUCUCAACCCCAACAACCCGGCUACAUACUCAGACUUAGACUUCUCUUACCUCCCGCUACACAGGCAAGAGGCGCUGAGUGGGUUGAACUUAGUCAUGAUGGAACUUCACCGUCCAUUUAUCGCCUCACAUCCAGAAAGUCGCAUCGUCGCUAUGAAUGCUGCUAUUAGCUCUAUUGAUAGUCAGAAAGCCCUCAUGGAUAUGUCAGGUCGACACCACUACGUGUACUUCGGAUUCGGCUUCUACCCAAGCAAUGCAGCUAUCAUGCUCGCCGCAAUCGCCCUUGUCUAUCCUAUCAAAGGCCAAGUUCAAGCUAUCGAAAAGAAGAUACAGCAGGCACUUGAAAUUCUGGUCACCAUACAGGGCGCCAACAUAGUCGCUCGUUCAGCACUACCUGUUGUUGAGCGCUUGUACGAAAAGGUCCGGAGCUCUCUUGAGCGAAGUCAUUCCGGCUCGCAAGAUGUGGAGAGCCCGGAAUCUGUACCCAGCCAAGAUAGCGGAUACAUGCCCAUGACUGCCGCUGCCUUGAUGCAGUCUGGUAUUACUGCACCGAUAACGACUGAUUUCAUGAUCGAGAACUCUGGAUUUCCGCCCCUCCAAGAUUUGUCAGACUUACCUGCUUGGAACGACAUGCCUCAAGUUACAGACUUUGAUGCUGCAUUCUGGCUUGAUCAGAUGAAUAAACUGCCUGAAAAUAUGCCACUAAACGGUGUGGUCAAUCCAGAUGCACUGUGGUCAUGAACAUCCGCGCACUGCCAUUGGAACAGCUCAGUUGUUACCAACGCUCUGCUAAACGGUGCUUCCAUUCCACAACUUUCUCAACGCGAUGCCAACAUUUCAACGCGAUGCCAACAUUUCAACGCAACGCCAACGU